CAUUUCAAUAUCUCUUACACCACCACUCCUACUUGCUAUUAAUAAUAUAUUCACCGGUCAGUUAACUUCUCUGGCCACCACAUUCCGGUCACUUCUAACCUAAACCUACCGGAACACUCGCCGUAUUUCUAACAAACAUGACCAGAUCAGCAUGAGCAAUCAGUAUCACUCCAUCAAUUAUCAUCAUCAUCAUGUCAGUAUCGUGCUCCGACUUACUCUGCGGCGAGGAUUCCGGCAUAUUCUCCGCCGAUGAACGGCCACAGUGUUCUUAUGAGUUCGAUUAUUGUGCCGAUUUCGAUGAUUCGAUUGCGGAGUUUGUAGAACAGGAGAGGAAGUUCGUUCCUGGAAUCGAUUACGUUGAGAGAUUUCAAUCGCAAGUUCUAGAUGCUUCUGCGAGAGAAGAAUCUGUUGCAUGGAUCCUCAAGGUGCAACGGUUUUAUGGUUUUCAGCCGUUAACGGCGUAUCUCUCCGUCAACUACCUGGAUCGUUUCAUCUAUUGUCGUGGCUUCCCGGUGGGAAAUGGGUGGCCCUUGCAACUCUUAUCUGUGGCUUGCUUGUCUUUAGCAGCCAAAAUGGAGGAACCUUUUGUUCCUUCCAUUCUUGAUCUUCAGAUCGAAGGUGCAAAAUACAUUUUUGAGCCAAAAACAAUACGAAGAAUGGAGUUUCUUGUCCUUGGUGUUUUGGAUUGGAGACUGAGAUCCGUUACACCGUUUAGCUUUAUCGGUUUUUUCGCUCACAAGAUCGAUCCAACCGGGACUUAUACCGGCUUCCUUAUCUCAAGAGCAACCCAAAUUAUUCUAUCCAAUAUUCAAGAAGCUAGUUUACUUGAGUAUUGGCCAUCAUGUAUUGCUGCUGCAACCAUACUAUGUGCAGCAAGUGAUCUUUCUAGUUUCUCGCUUGUAAAUGCCGAUCAAGCCGAAUCAUGGUGUGAUGGUCUAAGCAAAGAGAAGAUCACAAAAUGUUAUAGACUAGUACAAGGAGUGAGUACUUUGAAUCAAUCGACGACAAAAUCAACAAAGAUAUUACCGGUACAAGUUCGAGUUACGACUCGUGUGAGUAUCGAGUCAGGUGACUCGUCAUCUUCGUCUUCGUCGCCCUAUUCAUACAAAAGAAGGAAAUUAAACAACUACUUGUGGGUAGACGAUGACAAAACAUCAACUUCUAGUUAAAAGACAUCAAUAAUAAAUAAAUAAUUAUGGGGUAGAGUGGGAAAAUAGAAAAAGAAAAGUUGUGUGGUUUCAACUUUAGGCGUCCCAGAUUCCUCGCUCUAUUUUUUAUAAAGGAAUCCGUAAAAUACAUAAUCAAUUUUAAAUAUAGAUAUGUGAGAUAUGCAUAAACAGUUAUAAUUUAACUAUGAUACGUAAGAUGGUUAUGUAUCUUAUGCAUUAUGCGUUUCUCGUGUUUAUAUAUAUAAAAUUGGUUAUGUAUUGAGCACACCCCAAUAUAUAAAUAUAAAUAGUUGACUAAGAGUGAUUUUAUUAGUUUAUUAGUAGGUGGCAAUAGUCAUAAUUCAUAAAUUUGGCUUUUGCUAAUUCCCUAAGGAAAGGGGAGUUUGGUACAUAUCAUUUUGGUGUGAGAAAGUUGGUUUUGGUUUGUGAUAGUGAUAGAGGUGGGAAUGGUGAAUGAAUUCAAAUGUGGCAUUCAUUUGUUGAAUGAUUCAAGAUUGAGGGGUUGGGCAUUUGUGGGUCCCUCCUUGCAUAGAGUUUGGAAUCGGAUUUGAAAAUCGAUUUAAUCUCGUCAAACAACAAGCUUUGGAUGACACGUGGAUAUACUACUGGUUAUCGGUUUGUAGAUGAAAGGUUGCUGAAACGACAAAAAGACUAAAACAGUCGAAGGGCGUUGUCGAAGUUUCUUUCGCUUCAAAUUAAUUUUAUUUUUAUUUUUUCUUGAUGAAAAAAAAAAGAUUUGAUUUUGAGAGUUGUUUGAGAGAUACAUGCUUUGAUUUGUAUGUGUAUCUUCUCACACGUGUGCAUGUGUGUUAUUUUGGCGGGAAAUGUUAUGGGCAACAUUUUUCCAAUUUUUUGAUUAAUCCCUUUUACAUAACGGGGACUUUUCAUGCGUGCGAUGGUGACACGUGUGUCUUUUAGUUUUUUUUUUAAUCUUUUUAAAAGGUUAAAAAAGUCCCUUUCUUAAUGGUCUGAAUUUGGCCUAACCAUACCAAAGGUCUUUGGGGCCUUUAUCUUUUAUCCUUCUUUAUAUUUUUUGUUUUAUUAAGCGUGUUUGUAUUUGUCAUGUGAAUAUUCAUGAAAUUAUUAUAUGAUUUCAUCAUGUUCCAUCACGUGAUUGACAUGUGAUACAUUUUGUAGGUU